AUGUUCUUUGUUCCGUCCUCCUUGCCUUUGGAGAACGUUUUGCUGUGUUGUAUUCGGUUGCAAUCUGCUUCCGGGGCAAUCCUCUUCAGAAGGGAAAAGAAGGAGAAGGACUUUGAGGUGGUCGCCGCGGACCCGGAGACCGUGGAGUUCAAGAUCCGGUGCCGCAACGGCAAGACGCUGCACGAGAGGAGCCGCUUCCAAAAGGAUAGGAAGUGGGGCUACGUCUACAGCGGCGAGUCUGCUGGAGCCCCACUGUGCAUGCGGUCCUGA